AACAAAUGCAUGAAGAAGAAGAUGCAUUGUUAUUCUAGCAUGUGUGAUUGCUAAUACCAUUCAUAUUUUCAUCUUCAACCAACAAACAGGAUGGCGAACACAGGUACCAAGGAUAUUUCCUAUGAGGAACUGAAGGCUCUUGUGGGAAAGAGCCCGAAUCUCAUUCUGAUUGAUGUCCGCAGUGAAGAAGAGGUGGCAAAAGGACAUAUUCCAGGAUGCACCAAUAUCCCACUUGAUACAGUGGAGACUGCUUUUGCAAUGAAUCCAGAUGAAUUCAAGGCCAAGUAUGGCAUAAAGAAGCCACAGCUGGAUGCACCAGAGCUGGUGUUUUCCUGCCAGUCGGGCAGGCGAUCAGGACUGGCCAUCGGCAAGGUCCAACAGCUGGGAUACGUGACCGCACGCAAUUAUACUGGUGGAUACAGCGAGUGGUCCAAGAAAGAAGGAAAGUGAUUUGUGCUAAAGAAGAGUUUCAUAUGUCUUCAUCCAAUCAGCAACUGUGAAAUUUAGAUGUUUUAAUCUUCUGGUGAUUUUUUCACACUGUGUAAUAUUAAUAUUGAAUUUUAUAUUUAUGAAUAAUUACA